AUGCGUACCUCAACCUUGCUGGUGGCUGCGCUGGCAGCAACAGUCAGCACAGCAAAAUGUUCAUCCAACGUCACCAUCUACCGAAACGAGAGCUUCCUGCCAGGAAACAAACUACCGGAAUCUCACAUCACGACCGACGGCAAGGAUAUCGUCAAUCUCUUUGUCUCAUUAACCAGCUCAACAAAAUGGACUCUAAUCUCCAAGACCAAAAUAGAAGGCGACACCGGCGAACCAGAGGGAAUGGUCCGCGUAGGUGACCAACGUCUAUUCGUAACAUCCAACCAAUAUACAAUCCCAACAGUGAAAUAUAACAAAACCAUCAACGGCACUGAUCGUACCCCCGGGGCGGGGUUUUCGCAUAUGCUCAUUUAUGAUUUGGAAGGACGACGUAUUGCCAAUGCAUCCUUGACCGCGCCGGGAGAUAUUGAGUAUCACGGCGGAGGCAUUGAUUACGAUGGCCGCUAUGUAUGGAUUACGCUCGCUCAAUAUCGACCAAAUACCACUGCUACAAUCGCUCGCAUUGACCCGUUAAACUUGAAAGUUACGCGCGUGUUUCGCACCGCUGAUCAUAACGGCGGCAUCAUCCACGAUACCAUCACCAAUGAACUAGUAACCCUAAACUGGAACGGGCAGAACGCGACAACUUGGUCUUUGAAUGGAUAUCCCAAGGGGUUUACAGCACUUCCCAGCUUUACAUAUCCGUUACGAAAUGUGCCCAACCCAAGUCAUCACACCAUUCCAACCCUUCUCCUGGCCCAGGCCUGUUGCGGAUUACAACCCGAUUUCAACCCCGUGAGAUCCGUGAUGCUUUGUGGCGGUGUAGGUACAUUCGGUAAAUUGAGUCUUGGUGGCAUGGCGCUUGUCGAUACGCAGACUAUGUUGCCUCUGUGGGAAGUGCCGAUUACGUUGACAAGUGAUUUGGGGGUUACGCUUACGGAGAAUCCGGUGGAUGUGCAGGUUGUGGAUGGGAAGUUGAGAGUGUGGUUUAUGCCGGAUCAGCAUAAUAGUACCUUGUAUGUUUAUGAGGCUAAUUGA